GAGAGAGAGAGAGGAUGUUGGCCGCCGACAAGAUGUCGGAUUUGGUGUCAUCGCUGAAACCUGACGGGGUGUCAUCGAGAGAUUCGCCCGACCUAGCAUAGGAAUGGUGGCAUAGUUUGCCUGCUUUCGUUACAUCUAUAUUUAUCUUGGAUUCCUUUGACUCCACUCGUCCCCGUCGCUCUCCCAAGUUUGCUGCUUCGACGUCGUCGCCGCGAGAGGUGUUGGGGCGGUGACGGAUGAUGGAGGAGCUCCACCACCAGUUCUCGCACGUCAUGCCGCCACCCCCGGUGCCGCAGCAGCAGGGCGGCCAGCGCGGGUGCCUCCUCCCCUCGUCGCCGGGAGAUGGUGGCGCAGGAGAGGAGGAGGAGGCAUCGGCGGCGGGGGAGACGGAGAGGGCCAGGUGCAAGGCGAAGAUUGUGGGGCACCCCUUGUUCGAGCAGCUGCUGUCGGGCCACGUGGCGUGCCUGCGGAUCGCCACGCCGGUAGACCAGCUGCCGAGGAUCGAGGCCCAGCUCUCCCAGUCCCACCACGUCGUCGCCAAGUACACGGCCGCCGCCGCCUCCUCCGCCGGUGCUAACCCAGACAACAGGGAACUCCAUCAAUUCAUGGCAAACUAUGUGUUGUUGCUCUGUUCGUUCAAGGAGCAACUACAGCAGCAUGUUCGUGUCCACGCAAUGGAUGCGGUGAUGGCCUGUUGGGAGCUUGAGCAGAACCUGCAAAGCUUGACCGGUGUCUCUCCAGGUGAAGGGACCGGCGCGACCAUGUCCGAUGACGAGGAAGAUGAAGCAGACGGCGACGUCACCCUGUUCGACGCAAGUUUGGAUGGAACUGAGGACAUGGGGUUUGGUCUUCCCACCGAGAGAGAGCGCUCCUUGAUGGAACGCGUCAGGCAGGAGCUGAAGCAUGAGCUGAAGCAGGGCUACAAAGAGAAGCUUAUGGACAUCAGAGAAGAGAUACUACGGAAGCGAAGAGCUGGGAAGCUGCCAGGAGACACUACUACUCUUCUGAAAGCAUGGUGGCAGUCCCACUCCAAAUGGCCUUACCCUACUGAAGAUGACAAGGCUCGACUGGUGCAGCAAACAGGGUUGCAACUGAAGCAGAUCAACAACUGGUUCAUCAACCAAAGGAAGAGGAACUGGCAGAGCAACCCUUCCCCCUCUACUUCUCUCAAGAGUAAACGUAAGAGGGUGACGACAAUGCCCGAAGCUUCAUGAAGAAUUGAUCAUGUCCUCCUAACUUCCAAAUGUUUGUUCUCUGGGAAGGCUAAGUUGUAAUGUUGCUGCUACUAAAGCAUUCAGUAUGUGGACUUGUUAUUA